AUGAGUGGUAAUCUCAGCUUCUAUCGCCGUGAGCGGCCCGAAUUGACGGCAUUGUUUCCUUUGAUAAUGGUUGGCAACCGUAAAGGUCUGCGUGGUGCUACAAGCACCUUAUACGAGGCCAAACGUGCCCGGCUGGCAGAAGCCGAUCCAGGAAUAACAGCACCUGCAACAGCAGGGGCAGCAGGGCCACCGGCAGUAGGGACUCCAGUGACUCAACACAUAUCCGGAUGCUUCGUCUGCAGUGGGCUCUCCAUCGAGUCCUGGCCCUUGGUGGCGCCGCCGGCGCUACCGACGAAGAACUUGAGAACACGAAACCUAGAAAGCAUCUAG